CUGCUAAAAUUGGAGAUAUUCCUCACUUGAAUAAUUCUACAACACUUGUGGACCCCUCAGUCUACGGUUAUGGAGUGCAGAAACGGCCCCUGGAUGAUGGAGGUCUCCGUGUCAGUGGGCUCCAUGGAGCACAGAUAAGAGACACAGAGAGAAUAGGUAACCAGUUAGGGGCCCUGGUACAUCAAAGGGCUGUAAUAACAGAAGAGUUCAAAGUGCCUGAUAAAAUGGUUGGAUUUAUAAUCGGCAGGGGAGGAGAGCAGAUCUCACGGAUUCAGGCAGAGUCUGGCUGCAAAAUUCAAAUUGCUCCAGACAGUGGUGGGAUGCCCGAGAGGCCCUGUGUACUCACUGGGACACCAGAGAGCAUUGAACAAGCAAAACGGCUACUGGGGCAGAUUGUAGAUCGCUGUCGGAACGGACCUGGUUUUCACAACGAUGUUGAUGGCAACAGUACGAUUCAGGAGAUUUUGAUCCCGGCAUCCAAAGUGGGUCUAGUCAUCGGCAAAGGAGGUGAAACAAUAAAACAGUUGCAGGAGCGAACAGGUGUGAAAAUGAUCAUGAUCCAGGAUGGUCCAUUGCCCACUGGAGCAGAUAAACCUCUCCGUAUUACUGGAGAUGCAUUUAAAGUACAGCAAGCAAGGGAAAUGGUACUGGAGAUCAUCCGAGAGAAAGAUCAGGCAGACUUCCGAGGCGUACGCAAUGAUUUCAGUUCUAGAAUGGGAGGAGGAAGCAUAGAGGUCUCUGUGCCCAGGUUUGCUGUUGGAAUUGUGAUAGGAAGAAAUGGAGAAAUGAUCAAAAAGAUUCAGAAUGAUGCUGGAGUUAGGAUUCAAUUUAAACCAGAUGAUGGGAUUAGUUCCGAGAGAGUCGCACAGGUCAUGGGGCUUCCCGAUCGGUGUCAACAUGCAGCACACAUCAUCAGUGAGCUCAUUCUCACAGCACAGGAACGAGAUGGCUUUGGAAAUUUGGCUGUUGCCCGAGGAAGAGGUCGUGGCCGUGGGGACUGGAGUGUCGGAACACCUGGGGGCAUGCAGGAGAUAACCUACACGGUGCCAGCUGACAAGUGUGGGCUUGUUAUAGGCAAAGGUGGUGAGAACAUCAAGAGCAUAAACCAGCAGUCAGGAGCCCAUGUGGAGCUCCAGAGGAACCCACCUCCAAACACAGACCCUGGUGUACGAAUAUUCACAAUCCGAGGAGUUCCCCAGCAAAUCGAACUCGCUAGACAUCUCAUAGAUGAGAAAGUUGGUGGUACCAGCAUGGGUGGACCUGGAGGAUUUGGUCAAAGUCCGUUCAGCCAAGCACCCACGACACCUCAUCAAAAUGGCCCUCAGGCAUUCAUGACGCAGGGUUGGGGCAGUACCUACCAGACGUGGCAGCAGCCUGGACAGCAAGUCCCAGGUCACGCUGCCAGUGCUGCUUCUCAGGCAAGUUCCCAGCCGGACUACACGAUGGCUUGGGCAGAGUAUUACAGACAGCAGGCUGCCUACUAUGGGCAGACACUAGGGCAGGCUCAGGCCCACAGCCAGGAGCAGUAGAACAAGGUCCUCGUGGCAAUUUUGUUUUUAUUUGAUGUUGGUUUUUUUUUUGUUUUUCCUUGGAAUGGAAUCAUUGUGGAAACAAACCUUUUUGUAACAGAGGUUUCUAGAUUUGCAACAUUUUGAUGAAGACUUUUCUGUUUGUUUGUGAAACACUAGCUGUAGGAUAAUCUAUACUGAACUUUUUCUAAGAAUCAGGAACAAUUAGUCAUGUAACUAAACUUACGGACACGCUGGUAAUUUUUGUUUCCAAAUUUGUAAAAAA